AUCAUUCCUCAUGCCGAGCAUCAGAUUGGUAUGCGCUCUCAUUACAGUCAUGUAGAGCCCUUAUCUGGAAACGAAGACAUGUGCAGGAGCCCUUGGCACCCAUAUGCCCCAUUUGCAUUUGACUUUUGGCAUUAGAUACAAAAUCAUACCUGCCACUUGAAUUGCUUUGUAUGAGCAGGUGAAGGUGGCCAAAUCAUCCACACACCUCUUUAUCCAGUAGUUCACUAGAAAACUAUGGUCAUGGCCGCUCAGGACCAAAAGCCGUCGCAGCGAGCUCCGGUUCGCGUGGGAUUUUAUGAUAUUGAGCGCACGCUGGGAAAAGGCAAUUUUGCAGUUGUGAAGCUGGCGAGACAUCGAAUCACGAAAUCUGAGGUGGCUAUUAAGAUCAUAGACAAGACCCAGUUAGAUGCAGUGAACCUGGAGAAGAUCUACAGGGAAGUGGAAAUCAUGAAGUUGCUGGACCAUCCUCACAUCAUCAAGCUUUACCAGGUCAUGGAGACCAAAAACAUGCUCUAUCUAGUCACAGAAUAUGCCAAGAAUGGAGAGAUAUUUGACUACCUGGCCAGCCGCGGGCGGCUCAGCGAAAUGGAUGCAAGGAGGAAGUUCUGGCAGAUCCUCUCAGCGGUGGAGUACUGCCACGAACGCAAUAUUGUUCACAGAGACCUGAAGGCUGAAAACUUGUUACUGGAUGCUCACAUGAAUAUGAAGAUAGCAGAUUUUGGCUUUGGAAACUUCUUUCGCCCUGGGGAACCCCUGGCCACUUGGUGUGGGAGCCCCCCAUAUGCGGCUCCAGAGGUCUUUGAGGGACAACAGUAUGACGGUCCGCAACUGGACAUCUGGAGUAUGGGGGUGGUUUUGUACGUGUUAGUGUGUGGUGCUCUUCCAUUUGAUGGUCCUAGCCUUCCUGUCCUCAGACAGAGGGUCCUGGAGGGCCGUUUCCGCAUCCCCUACUUCAUGAGUGAGGACUGUGAGCACCUGAUCAGGAAGAUGUUGGUUCUAGAUCCAGCCAAGCGUUUGUCUCUGAGUCAGAUCAAAGAGCAUCGCUGGAUGGUGCAGGAGGUCCCGUCCCAGCGGCCCGUGCUGUAUAGACAGGGUCUGCCAUGUGAGAGCAAAUCAGGCUUGGGUGAACACAUCGAGCAGGUGCUCCGACUCAUGCACAGUCUGGGCAUCGACCAACAGAAGACUAUUGAGUCUCUUCAGAACAAAAGCUAUAACCACUUUGCUGCUAUCUACUACCUGCUUGUGGAGCGGUUGAAAGCGCAUCGCAGCAGUUUCCCUGUGGAACAGCGUUUGCACGCCAGCCAGCGCCGCCCUAGCACCGUCGCUGAGCAGACUGUUGUCAAGACCAUUGCGGUUCCUUCUCAAGCAGGAUUCCCGCCACAGGCAGCACGUCACCUGCGUUCACCUACUCUAUUGCAGUCCACUACAGACACAUUUACCUUCCCACAAACCCUUGCUUCCCCUGAUCAGACGCUCAUGGAGGAAGACGUGGCCACUCCCAAGGUGGAUGGCUGCUUACUGGACCCGCUUCCUCCAGUUGUUGUCCGCAAAGCCAGUGGCUCGCUGCCUAGCAACGUUAUGGAGACCUCCAUUGAUGAGGGCAUUGAGGCGGAGGAAGAGCAUGCUGUGCCCCUCGCCCCCUUUCAUACAGCUCGCUUCAGUCAGCGCCGGCAUACGCUGUCUGAGGUCACCAACCAACCUGCUGUGCUGCCCAUCACAGGUCUGAACCCGUCCCUCGGCAGCAUGGACUCAGACUACAGCAUGGGUUCGACUCAAAGUGAUUUCAGCUUGCCUGAAGAGAAUCCUGCUCUAAAGGAUGUAUUAAGCACUACACCUGCCAGCCGCACAGCUCCAGUCUUCCUGGGCAUGAAGCCCCCUGAGCCCACCCUUCAGCCGCUGAACACGGAGGGGCAGGGCGCUCAUAAUCCCUCACUAGUCAGUUUCAGAGAGGGGCGAAGGGCUUCAGACACGUCUCUGACUCAAGGUUUAGUGGCAUUCAGGCAGCACCUCCAAAACCUGGCCAGAACCAAGGGUUUCCUGGAGCUGAACAAAGCCCAGAUAGUGUUAGGAGACGGUGGAGGAAGCGGUAAACCCACCAUCAGUCCCCAGGAGCUCCUAGAGCCUCACCACCCAUUCAGCCACCAGGGAGAGGGACGCCAAUGUCCAAGUGGAAAAGAUACGUUGACGUUUACUGGUAAAAUGCACCCUUAUCUGCUAUCCAGGAGACAGAGUUUGGAGACGCAGUACCUCGCUCAGCGACUACAGAGGGCCAGUCAGUUGGCAAGUGGUCUUGGAAGUGGACAGAUGUUUUGUAAAGAGGCUGCACCACGAACUUUAGAGCAACAACUCCAGGAGCACAGACUGCAGCAGAAGAGGCUCUAUCUCCAGAAGCAGUCUCAGGUUCAGGCUUACUUCCACCAGAUGCAGCUGGCUGAGGAUGUUUACCGCCCUCCCCAGGACAGCAGAGACCCCCAGAACAGCAGCAGUCCCUUAUCCAGCCCUCCCUUCACACGGACCCAAACCCUAACCCCUUUUCUGGGGCCUGCCACUUCAACCCUGUCAUAUGGCCCCAAGCCAGCCCGUUUCCCAGACUGGCCUCCGCCACCAGACAACUGCACAAACUACACCCCAUCCCUCCCUACAGAGCCCCUGUAUGCGUGGAGUCCUGCCCAACCAGGCAAAGCAGAAAGCCCUUUGACUCAACCUGCACCUGAAACCCCCUUCCUGGACUGUGAGAUGAUGGAGACCGUAGAGGCCCCACAGGGCUGUGUACUCGUAAACUAAAUGUGAAAUAAAACACUCUGAGGCUGGCUCUCAGGCAUACGAUGUGGCCAAAAACGCCCUCAGGGACGAACAAGACGCCAU